AUGGUCCAGCCGUCUCACCCGUUGACAAUCGGUGUUUUGUAAGUGUAGCGGCUCCACUCUACCACCCCCGCGAUCUCCACCAGCCUCAUGUCGACGCUCCCCGAGAUCAAGUCGCUUACGAACGUCCCCCGGAUGCCCUACACUGGCACAGAGCACUCCAAGGCUCCUUCGCCGAACACGUCGAGAUCCUGCGCUCGCUGUCGCUGCCGCCGGGCGCAUCGGUCACCGGCGUUCGCACGCCUUCGGAGUUGGAGCGAUGCCGCGCGCUCAUCAUUCCCGGCGGCGAAAGUACGACCAUGUCGCUCGUCGCUCAACGUGGGGGGAUGCUCGAACCUUUGAAGCGAUUUGUCGAGGAUGCGAGGCACUCUAGAGGCAAGGCCGUGUAUGGCACUUGCGCUGGGAUGAUUUUGCUGGCCAAGGAGGUCAUAGGGGCCAAGGAAGGCUACAAGGGACUGCAAGGCGUCGAUUGCAGGAUAGUACGGAACCAAUACGGUCGACAGGUGACUCAUUCUAUCUCUCAACAAGUGGUGAACACGUGAAGUGCUUGGAGCUGAGGUACUUGCAAAUCCGACUUUUCGCCAGGCCGAAUCCUUCGCUCACCCGCUCGAGAUCAGCUCGCUGGCAUCGUCGUCCAUACCAUACAACGCCAUCUUCAUCCGGGCACCCGUGAUCCACUCCCUAAUCCCUCCUCAGGAUGCCUCGUCACCCCAAGUCGAAGUUCUCGUGCGUGUCCCUCGAUCGGUACUCCCGAGUCCGACCAAAGCUGCGAUCGCGGUCGGUGGCGCCUCGGAACUCGGACCCGAUGCCGACGUCGUGAUGUUAAGACAGGGUGACAUCCUUAUGACGAGCUUCCAUCCCGAGUUGACUCCGGAUACGAGGAUUCAUGACUGGUGGUGCAGGACAAUGGUCUUCAAGGAGUAG